CGCGUCAGGAGACGGUAGGGCUUUUCUUCUCGGCACGUCGUCCCUUCCGUCCCUGUACGCCGUCGCCGCUCCCACAACCCAACCAUCCGACCCUCGUUGAGGUCUCCUCCUCCUUUUCUUGUUGCCGGCACCGCCAACUCCGACGGACGUCAUCGUCUUAUUUCCUUCGCUCUUCUUUUGUGCUGUGGUCUUCUUGGGAGAGGCAGAGAGCAAGGAGCCGGAGGAUGGCGCUGAGGCGGGCGCUGGGAUGGUCGGAUGGGGAACUGAUGCGGUCGGACGCAAAGCCGUGCACCCGCCUGAUGCGCCACACCGCAGGCAUCUUCAGCGUCGGUGGGGCCCUUGCUUUCUGGGUCCUCUGUCGCCUCCACUAUGGUCCGAGGAUAACAAACCCACGGAGUCUACGCUGGGCUUCAUGCGGAGCAAUAUCAGUAAGCUCCACUUCCGCUUUACUUGUCCGCCUUUUUAGUCCGGAAUGUGAGCCUCAAAAUAUAGCUGCUUUUGACAAGCCCAAAUGAGUAUCUGCCAUCUCUUCGAUAUCUGUACUGUUUAUGUGCUUGAGGAACUUGUUAUGGUUUUUUUUUAGGCCAUUGUGGAUGAGGUCAACAGUUACUCUUUAAACAUGUCUUCUUGUCACAAGGCCAUGCUAUAUUAACUUAUUUACAUUCUGAUUGAAUUCAGUCAAUUCUGAUUACAAACUUUUAUUUUAAAUAUUUAAAUAAAUGCUUUAUAAUUUGCUGAA